AUGCCCCUACAAAGCCCCAUCAAGCUAUCCAAAGUGAGACGGCCAGGGAAGCUGGAUCUUGAUAAGAACACACCUAAACCGCAUCGUCGUCGGACUUCGUCAGGCUCCGUGGAUUCCCUGCUUUCCGAUACCUCAUCACUCAUAUCCAGUGUCGAUCCUCCAGAGCCUCGUACUGGCUCGUCGAACGAAACGCCGCUUCUUCGGAAAUCGACACAUCCCAAGCAUGACAACUCUGGUGGUAUGCCGCCGUUCAGUGGUCAUACAUUGCGAGAAGACCGCCUCCGCCGUCUGGAUAGUCCCAAAGGCUCAUCUCUUCGGGCAGCAUUUCAACAAAGCAGGACCGUCAGCUUGCCCAUGGAGCGCUUUAUCAACGAAAGGAUGGAUAUAAGGAUGGGAGAAAUGCCGGACACGGAGCUGCCUGACGACAACUCUUCAGCGCCAACACCACAGGUGCCUCGUGGUGCUCCUCGUCAUCCGACACUCACUCGAGGGAAGUCUGCGUCUGAAUUGACUACACAACUUCAAAGGUCUAGAUUCGCCGACCAUUCUCGGAAUUUAUUCUCGAGAAAUUUAUUCCAUCGUGCCCUCAACACCCAGAGCCAUCACAAAUCCCAUCUGCCGCUACGCAAGCGAUUGACAGCGCAUCCAAGUCUGGAAAGCCUCGGGAUAAAGCGACAAGAGCUUGCAUUUGUAGAGGAAGAUGCAGCGGAGUUGCCGUCCGUGGAAAUCCGUGCUUCGACGCCAAUCAGACAAUUCAGGAAACCAAGAGAUCAACUUGACCGGAAGGUCAGCUCCAUCUUGAACACCCUUCCCGGCCGGAUUCACCUCGUGGAUCCUAACAACGAACCGGAUACAUCUUCAUCUUCGUCUUCCUUGGACAGACGUUUGCGAGGGAGGCUCCGCUCCGAGUCACCUACCGGUUUGGCAUCCCGAAGCAUCACCCCCGCUCCGUCUCUGACUUUGAUGCCCGCCGGUCGUCGACGACAAUCUGCCCACAAGUCGGAAGAUAGCUACGUCAAACUGUAUCACCUCCAUCACGGUGGUCAGACUGCACCAACCAAACUAUUUGUGCGAACCGUCGGAGAGGACGGCCAGCGUGUAAUGGUCCGGGUUGGCGGCGGAUGGGCCGAUCUGGGCGAAUACCUUCGUGAAUACAUUAUCCAUCACGGCCGCCGGAAGGUAUCAGAGACGACGCCUCGUGUUGAGGUCCAGGGCCUGGCAUCUCGCGAAUCGCCAGCCUAUUCGCCGUCACCGGGCACUUUGCUCUCUCCCGCCGCACCCACUUCAUCCUAUCUCACUUCUGGCCGAGCAACUCCUUCCCGCCCACCCUCUGUGCUCAGCGCCCACCCGCCUUCUUCCCUUACAGUCCGCAAAACAAGACGCGGGUCCAAUGCAUCUGAUGCCGUGGCCCCUAGGGCCGUCACCACAGGACAUUUGAACACGCUCGCCACGCCACAAACUGCGUCCUCCGAUCGACGGCGUCUUUCCGUCUCAUCCAAUUACUCCAAUGACACAUAUUCCCCCGCAACCACCGUGGCUGCGUCGAUAUCUACUCCAUUAGGACUGGCUGGACCCAAACCCCGCUCGCGUCAGCUGUCCAUGAGCCCUGAAGGUGAAGCCUGGAUCCAGGAUGUGCUCCAGCAGACUCGGCGCUCAGGAUCGUCCAAUCCACCACCUUUCCCGCUGAACAGUGCCCCGGACUAUUCUGAACCGCCCGAGUGUGUGGAUGGCAGCCUACCCGAUAUCUCUGUGCCUAAGAAGGGUCGCCGCAGCGUCAGUGAUAUUGGAACCACGGGAUCUAGCAGACGGGUCGCCCUUCGAGGACUCGGGAGUCGCAGGUCAUAA